CCCUACCUUUCCUUGGUAGUAUGUAUUUGUAUGUAUCUAACAGAGAAAGAGCAAGAGAGAGAGAGGGAGCAUCAGCCAACCAUCGCGCAGGUGCCUUGCCCAAGGAACUGUCGUCAGUUCUUCCUAGUCUUUAGUUUCUUAAUCUCUUAGUUUCUUGGUUCCACUCUUCACCUGGGCACUCUCUCUUCGUCAGAGUUUCUGACCCGAGUCUUUGGAUCCAUUACUUUCUCUCUAACUCCCUCCUCAAUGUUGUUGGCAAAGUGCCUGCCUCACCAGCAGACACCACUUUUGCAUCCUAGUUCUGACUAAGGCUGUCCUUGUUCUCCUCGUUUUGUCCUUCUCAAUAAGAGGAGCCUCUCCUCUGGGACGCGCAAAACUCCGGAAGGUGACGAUCCGCGCUUCUUAAUUGCAAUUAGCCAUGCAGCGGGUUUCCGCCCUCCUCCCGUGGGAUCGAAGUAGAUCGAGUACGAGUAGCGUCAACGGAAAUGGCAGUAUAAAUACCCAUAUCCGUAAGAAUAGCGCCGACAUCGUUCGCGGAUGGGCCGAUAAGAUACCGUCCCCGGUCAACCGCCUUAGCACCUCUAGACUUGGCCGGGACGCUUUCCUACCUGCGACGUUAGACAAAGAAUGCGAUAAGGCUGCUCGCAUUUUAAAGUCAUUCUGCAGCGACGGCUUUUCCACCCCAGACGACCGACCCGGGAGUCCCUCCACGUAUUCUAGCACCCAAUCGUCGCACAGAUUCCUGAAAAAGAUACCUCCGAGGAUAAUACAAAAUACCGUCGGGCUCGCGAUUUUCACAUCGAUGCGGUCUGGAAUAUGGACAUCUGGUUCUGGAGGUAGCGGCAUCUUAAUCGCACGUAAAACCGACGGCACAUGGUCUCCGCCUUCUGGGCUCAUGCUUCACACGAAUAGUUUACGUUUUGUCUUUGGUGUUGAUGUUUAUGACUGCGUCCUUGUCAUCAACAAUUUUACCGUACUUGAGGCCUUUGGAAGGCCACGGUUGACGCUUGGUACGGAUGUUACUCUAACUGCUGGUCCUCUAGUCGCUUUGGGACUACUUGAGAACGAUGUUACAUGGGCCGAUUUAAGUGACCGAGCAAUUGUAUAUGUGAAAGCGAAGGGUCAGAGUACAGAAGUCAAGUUGGACGGUACUGUCAUAAGUGAGAGGGCCGAUGAAAAUGAGAGGUUCUAUGGGAUGAAAAUAGGUGUCGCAAAGAUCCUAGCAGGUGAUAUCAACCAAAGUUUGCCUCAAACACGGCCUCUUACGGAAAUGCUCAAAGCUGCCGAGGGGAGGACAGAUUACGAUACGGCUCUCGUGGAGCAACUGGCUUCCCAGCCAGCCCCAAGCGAUGCCACACUCGAGUCUCCGAAUACAGCAACUCUGUCGCCUGCAUUCGGAGUACCUGACAUGGAGGAUCCAGACCCUUUUGGCGUUUUGGCUCUCGAAAUGGCUGGAAUGGGUAUCCGCGAAGCUGGCACGCGACUAAGACCUGACAGUAGCCAAUUCGAAUACGCCCCUAGUCCGACGAGUCCUUUCUUUCCUAGAGCCGGCCGCCAGAGUGUCGACACGUUUUUAUCUCGAAGCAACAGGGGAAGUUACAUGUCUAACAAGACAGUAGCUACCGAGCGAAGCCAGAUGACUGAUGCCGGCACUCAAACAUAUUUCGCAACACCUCAGACCACUCCAAGUUCAAGCCAAAGUCAAAGUGAGGAUGGGAACCCGCCACAAACGAUCGAGGAAAUCCCCGAAGCAAAGGAACCCGUCGAGGUCGACUACACUAAAAUCGACAUUAGCGCGCUACGGAGCCUUUCGAAUUUCCCUGACUUAGAUGACGAGCCCACAACGACGAUUGCGAUUAAAGAGGAAGAGGAAGAUCAAGACUCAAGCAACAAAGCCAACGAAGAGACCUUAAAGAGUACGGGUACGCAGAUUGAAGAUGACAGCGGCGAUGCAGAUGAUGAGGCACUGGAUGAGGGUAACGAUGAUGACGGUGAUGACGAAGAGGAGGAAGACGGUGACGAGUCCGAUAGCGAAGCAGAGGAGGAGGCUGUUGUCUUCGAAGUGGCUACGGCCCAAACACCAGCUCGUUUAGCGAUUGGUGCUGCCCGAGUUAACAUUCCUGCUAGAGUGCCGCCUCCACUUCCCCUCCGAAGUCCCGCUCGUUCGUCUCGUAGAAAGAGUCAGAUGGGUGACGUCAGCGGUUUAGUGAGUAGCCCACUCAGGCAAGAGUUUGAGCUCGAAGCCGAGGCCGAGGAAGUAACCACACCUAAGGCUAAAGACCAUACGCUCAAACCUGUGGAAGCAAUCGACGAGGUAUCUUCCGAUUAUAAAACAGUAGACGAAUCCAACGAGAGCGCGGAUGAUUCUAAGAAGGCCGACGAUUCAGCGACCCCAGCUCAAGAAUCGAGCGAUGUUGAUGAUCACUCUCCCGUCACCGAUACACAAUCUCCACUUACGGAGAAAGCCACGGUUGGAACAUCACCAGUGGCCAAAGAACAUGCAGGCUUGGAGGCCAGCCGCGAUGUAUCCGUCUCGGCUGCCUAAGGGUGGGCGGUGUUAUUUUCAACCUUUCCUUAACUGACGAUAAUGAUACGUUUGGAGUUCUGGGAAAAGCAUAUGGACGGUUCAACGGAGGAUGAGAUACCACUAUGAUCAGGGAACGAUCGGAUUAUAGGUACGAGGAAUAUUCUUGCACGGCACUCAAUGCGUGAAGACGAGCGUUAGAGGAAAAGAUGUCUCGAGGAUGAGACGAAGUGGUCGUGCAUGACAAUACCCCUGAUAUGUAUAUUUAUUGUUUAAUACAUUGUACCAACUUGCACUCAUCGAGCAUAGUUCAUAGUAGAAGGAUAGAGGGAAGGUAUUUGUAUGUAUGUACGUAUGAAUGUAUUUAUAUCGGUUUGAGGGAUUCUGAAGGGGAAUAGCCAAUCUAUAUGUAGGUAACUUUGUAUGUACUGUCGGAUAAUUAAUUAAAGCGAGGUAUAGUUAUUUGAGGUAACUACGACGAAGGAUAGAUAGUAUUGGUGGAUGGGCCAUUACCAUAAUUGACCAGAUUUUACUUUUAGAAAAACGUGACUCCUACAGUUUAUUUCUCCCGAUAUCAAUCCGAAAGCACAGUAAUUGUCAAUUCUCAGUUUUUACCAAUUCAUUU